CUUCUGCUAACCAGCACUUCAUAUGAUCCGAAGAGUAUUCUUCCCGGCCGUCAACGGAAACGGGCUCUCCGGAUCUGCUACAUAGCAUUCCGCCCCAGGCAGGAACUUAGCAGGUCUUCAAUCUUCUGCAGAGAUGCAACGUCCAAGAUAGUUAUUCCAAGAAGGAGAUUGAAAAUACCAUGGCGAACAAUUUGGAACAUACAAGCGCGACAAUGCGGGAGUUUACACUCGAGUUAUUGAAACAAAUUACGGACAAUUUUUCUGAGGAACAUAUUAUUGGUCGUGGUGGGUAUGGAGUAGUUUACAAGGGAGUAUUGGACGAUGGAGAAGAGAUUGCUCUCAAAAAGCUUCAUCACAUUCCAGGUCUUGACGACGCGCAAUUCAGGAAUGAGUUCAAUCACCUAAUGAGGGUCCAACAUCCAAACAUUACCCGGCUAGUUGGCUACUGCUAUAAUCUAGGACAUCAACGCAUUAAGUGUGAUGAUGAAUAUAUUUUUGCCCAUGUGGAAGAAAGAGUUCUCUGCUUCGAAUACUUGCAGGGUGGAAGCCUUGACAGGCAUAUUUCGGAUGAAUCAUGUGGACUCGAUUGGCACACACGUUUCAAAAUUAUCAAGGGAGUCUGUGAGGGAUUAAAUUACCUUCAUAAUGGAUGCAAAGAUCCUAUUUACCACCUUGAUUUGAAACCUGCGAAUAUACUGCUGGACAAGAACAUGAUCCCAAAAAUUGGAGAUUUUGGUUUGUCAAGACUCUUCCCUUUGGCACAAACUUAUGUCACCAUUAAAAUUGUAGGAACACUUGGAUACAUGCCACCGGAAUACAUCGAGAGAUACCAAAUCACAUCGAAGUUCGACGUAUUCAGUUUGGGUGUUAUAAUCAUACGAAUAAUAGCAGGAGAUGAGGGGUACUCCAAAUGUGCAGAUAUGUCUUCGCCAGACUUUCGUGAGCAUGUACGUGAAAACUGGGAAAAACGAAUGGAGGCAACAAUGUCAUGGCAUACAUCAGAGCAAAUUGAGAUGUGCAUCGAGAUAGGAUUGAGAUGUGUGGAGCUCGACCGGGAGAGAAGGCCUACUAUAGCUGAGAUUGUCGAUGAACUGAACAAGGUUGAUAGUGCAGAAAGUUCACUUGCAGGCCAGGUCACCAAGAAGAAAAACUUGUACUCAGAGCGUCGAGGCAGAAUCGUUUUCUCAACCGCCUACAGGCCCCCAGUGCCAUUCGACAUAUUCGCCUGCCCCUUCUCACCUUCGUGCACUAAUGAAGAGCUCCACCUCACUGAUGGUGUGUCCUACAACUACAACGGCUGUUCCAUCCCUCCCGCCGCAUUGAAGACCCUCCUCAAGAACCCCAAGUUGGCAGAAGAGGACGGCACCACUGAUGCCGACGUUGAUGCGGGUCACGUCUCUGGUCUCAUCUUUGUCUCUGAGAGGAAUGACGGCCUAGAGAUACUCCACAUCGCUCUGCACUUUAAUGUGGACAGCAGGGUCAAGGUAUUCGCGCUGGCCGACAUCUUCGGCGCAGCCAACUUCAUUGGCCCGCGCCUGGAGGACAGUGGCUGCAUCGGCGGCGGAUAUAAUGUGGGGUCUCGCAUGGUUGGCCACUCUCUCAUAUACACCUCCACCAAGGAACCGGUGCAGCAAUGUCGCAGUCCCUGGACCGUCGUGUACAAAACCAACCUUUCAACAGGCAAGACCGAGCGCCUCACUCCACAAGGUGUCUUCGACUUGAGCCCCGCUGUGUCGCCGUCCGGGAAGAUGGUAGCAGUGGCGUCGUUUCAAAGCAAGAGUUGGAAUGGUGAGAUCGAGAACCUCAAGACCGACAUCUAUGUUAUGAACGUUGAUGGUGAGGACGGCCUGGGCCGGAAGCUACUCAUCAAGAACGGAGGCUGGCCAUCAUGGGGCAGCGACAACAUCAUCUUUUUCCACCGAGGCACCGAGAAGACCCUUCCCUUCAACAUGGUUGAAACGGCAUGGGGUGUUUUCCGGUACAAGAUCAGUACCGAGGAGACCAUGGAGGUGACUCCAAAAGAAUUGGACGCGGUGACUCCAGCGGCCAUCAGCGAGACCAAGGUAGCGGUGGCGACCAUCCGCCAGAAGUCCAGAUUUGACAACGUCCGCGUUGAGGUGCAAUACCGGCACAUCGAGAUUUUCGACACGAAUAAUGCGCCGGGGAUGCAGCCGGUGCAGAUCACUCAGAAGACGAGGCCAAAAACGGACCACUACAACCCCUUCGUGCGGGACAAUGGGGGGCGCAUUGGAUACCACCGGUGCAGGAGCGACCUCCUGCAGCACGGAGACCACAUCCCCUCGAACUUGCACAAGAUUGUCUCCCCGGUGAAGGAUGUCGGUUUGUAUCGGGUGUCUGGCUUGUCUCCGACCAUUUCCAAGGACGGCUCCAAGCUCGCCUUCGUCGACGGAGAGUUCAAGGCAGUGUGGGUGGCCGACCACCGAGGGCUGCGCAUCGUGUACGAUUACAGGGGCCCACACAGAGUCUUCUCCCCUGUGUGGAACCAGAACCCCGACAAGGACAUCCUCUAUGUCUGCAUUGGCACCUCCUUCAACGCCGACAAGACGCUGGAGAUCUACGCCAUUAACAAUGCAUCUGGUGACGUGGUGCAGCGGCAGAGACUCACCUAUGGCGGUUACAACAACGCGUUCCCAUCGAGCAGCCCAGACGGCAGCAAAUUCGUCUUCCGCUCGACAAGGGAUGGCGGUGUGAAGAAGUACAAAAAUCUCCACAUAAUGCUGGAAGCAGAAAACGGGCAAUCCGGGAUUGGUUGGGAGACGCGGCUGACCAAAGGACCAUGGACAGACACCCACUGCCAAUGGUCCCCGACAGGCGACUGGAUCGUCUUCUCGUCGACGCGCGGCAAGCCCCGGGACGCCGACGAGCUGGACAACGGCCUGGACCCGGGGUACUUCUCCGUGUAUCUGGUGAAGCCAAGCGACCCGAUGGUGGUGAUCAGGGUGAUGGACAGCAUGGGCGACCUCGGCGGUCACAUAAACCAUCCGGUGUUCAGCCCAGACGGGAGGAGCAUCGCCGUGACGGCAGACCUCGCGGCUGUGUCCGUGGACCCGAUCUCGCUGCCCAUGUUCAUGCACGCGGUGCGGCCCUAUGGCGACAUCUUCAUGAUCGACCUCGACACUGACAACUUGAAGAACAUAAACAACUUCAUCAAGGGGUUCCGCCGGAUCACGCACAGCAGGUACGAGUGCGGGACGCCGGCCUGGACGACAACCUUGAUGGCGACGGCGACCGACCUAGAUGCGCAGGCGCAGUGGAACAUGCUACCGAACACAACGUAUACACCGGCUUGUCCGUACGUGCACCUUUACGGGGGCGAGAGCUGGCACAUGACAGGCCACCUCUUCAUCCCCAAGAGGAGUUGCUGAUCAAUUUCUGAGUAAGUAGUUUAGGUACGUUGCUGAUUUAGAUGCCUCUGAAUUGCAGUUCACCGCUGGUCGAGGUGUGCAUCCAUCAAUAAGUUGCAGCA